AAUGAAUGGUAUCUCCAAGCCUAAGCCAUUGGUCGGGCGCAGACUUUCGUCCAGAUAAUAAGCUCACCACCAUGGCAUUGCGAAAUAUGUCUCCUUCUCAAGCUCCCCCAUAGCUCAGGAAUGCUCAAGGAGUGUGAAGCUGUUCGUGUUCGAAAAAUCAAACACUCUGAAGCCUUUAAUAGGCCUAGUCUUGUUUCUACAGUAAAGUCUGUUAUUUUCGUCUGUAUACCGGUAGUGAAGAAAACUAGACCACUGCAAAAAUGAAUGGUCUGGUUAGUGUGGAGGAGGGUUCCUCAGACUUAAGCUCUUCUGCUCCAAACGUUUCACAGAUGAUAAAUGAAACAAGUGAUAAGGAUCUCAAGGGCAUACUUCUCAAAGGCAUCGGUGAGGAUCAAACAACAAAUAAUACAAAUGCUUCUGAGUCACUGAAAAGCCAUGAUGAAGAAAAUGGUCUUGAAGAAAAUUUGGGAGAUAAAUCCUCAGAAAAAAGAGUUGCUGAAGCCGAUGUGCAAAAUUCAGUGGAACCAACAGAAACAGAUGAUCAGAAAAAGGAAGAUGAUUCAAAAGCAGUUACUUUUGCAGAAGACGUUGAAGUUUUUGACUUGAGUAAAGCAUCAACUGCAUUGAAUGUGCCGAGCAGCAAAACUGAACAAUGUAUAUCAGAGGACGUUGAUUCAAAACAAUCUUUACAUAGUCAAAAGAUUCUUCCAGAAGAUCAGAAACAUUGCAUUACCAAAGAGCUUCAGAAUACAGAUUCAAAAGCCAAUAAUGAGCUCGGACCUUCCGACCUAGAGACUGCUCACAGGUCUCUUACAGAGGAUCCUGUGCUUGCUGCAGAACAGGAAUAUCAAGAGCCAGAUCUUGGUGGAAGUGUGAAAGACGUGGAAAAAGAGCCAUUGUUGGAGAAUGUUCCAAGCACCCCUUCAGACAACCUUUCUCAGGGUGGUUACAUCGAUACUAUUGGACCUUUAGAGAAUGAAGACUUUUUAAGAAGGAUGCAUUCCUCUGUCAGUCAUGUCUAUGGAGAAGACAGUGGUUUCCAGGCCGCCAGCAAUCUGGACUUGGUGGAGUUCACAGGUGAAGGCAAUGCUCUCCCAGACAUAGAUAGAGGCUAUGCAUGGAUCAUACUAGCAUCAGCUGUUGCUGCUUUAGCACUCCUUGGUGCAACGACAAUUGCUGCUGGUAUUCUAAUGCCUGCCAUUUUAGAACAGAUUGAUCCUGACAUCACCAAGGCUUCGUGGAUUGGUUCUGUUCAUGUGAGCACCAUGUGUAUGUCUGGUCCCUUUGUUGGAGUUGUACUGAAUCGACUUGGUUCAAGAUUGACUGUUUUGAUUGCUGGGGUUGUGCUGAGUCUUGGUUUUAUUGGGGCGUCCUUUGCACAGAGUGUACUCCAACUCAUUCUCACCCAUGGUCUUGUAUCAGGUAUUGGUUCAGGCUUUGUGCUAAAUACUAUGUUUGUUACUGCUGGCCAGCGCUUCAACAGAUUUCGAGGACUGGCAUGUGGACUGCUCGCAACAGGCACAGGAGUUGGCUUACUUGCAGGGGGAUCAGCACUAUCAACUUUAUUGAACAGCUUUGGGCUCCGAGGCACCUAUCUCCUCUGGGCAGGGAUAUUGCUGCAUAUCUUUGCAUGUGGAAUGUUCCUGCGGCCCUCAGGAGAGCAAAAGUUACGAACACUGGAGGUCAAAGCUGCCAAAAGUCUCAAGUUUCACCAACUCAGAAGUGAACAAAGUCUCACCAGUGGCCGCCAAAGUAUGGCUAGUGGUGUCAACAGUAUCCUCAGCUCAGUAGAUCGGACUAGUAUGUUCAGUGGACGUUCUAGUGUGCAUCGAAGGCCUGAAUUCCACCGUUUUUCCAGCCGAGCAAACCGAUAUGAUCCUGGUGCUAAUCCCUUAUUGAGAGAUGUUUUGCAUCGGGAAACAUCUCGAUCCAGCCACUCUGUGGCAACAUUCCACUCACAGAAAUCAAAUAAAAAAUCCAAUGAUACCGGCAGUCAACAAGUAGUUGGUAGAUUCACGUUUGCACCUGCGGCAGUGGAUAGCCAAAGUGCCUUCACCUCUUCUCCAGGCAACACCCCAGUACCCUCGAGCCCCAUCGCAUCUGACUGUAGUGACAAUGACACUUCUCCAACAGAGCCGGGACCUCCCCAUGUAUCCUCUACUCUGUCAGUUCCACAGCGUAUCUCAGAUGGAAAAGCUUCCCAUACCAACCUAGAAAAUGACCCACAGUCUCCAACUAGUGAAAAAGAAACCUCAGAGUUUGGCGGAUCGUUCAGGCGUCGACUCAUAUCUACAAGCUCCCAAACACAGUCCCACUACACUUCAAUGAGUCACAUCAGUCAGCGAUCCACCCUCCGGGACCUUCUCCCCAAAGAAUAUGACAAUGAAUCUCUAGCAUCCACCCUGGUAUCUGCCUUGCAGCCUGUUGAUGCUUUGACACCGAGGUACAGACUAGGCCCUCGCAGUGUGUCUACCAUCAUGGGCAGUAUACUGAGUUUUCCUACUGCCCUCACAAUUGUGAAAGAUGAUUUGUCGCAACUUGGGGACUUGACCAUAGCUGAGGAGAAGACAAUUGGAGACCAUUUAAUCAGCUUGCUUGAUUCGUUGCGGCUGCUGAAAAAUAAGCCUUUUCUCGUGUUUAUUGUUACUUGUUUCUUGUGGUCAUUUGGGGAAUCCCCUAUAGCCAUCUACCUCCCGUCUUAUGCUGUCAGCCAAGGCACCAGUAUACUUGAAGCGUCGUCCCUUUACACAGCAAUGGGUCUUGGGUCUAUGAUAGGAAGGUUCUUGUCUGGUCUAAUAGCGAGUGACUGUGACAUUGGCCCCAUCCUUCUCCACACCGGUUGCCUGAGUAUAGCCGGUUGUCUAGUAGUCCUGAGUCCUCUGAUCACCGCCACCUUCAGCCAGCAGCUCCUGCUGUCCGGUGUGUUUGGGCUGUACACCGGGUCCCUCGUGCCUCUGUCUUCUCUCAUCACGAUCGAACUACUGGGGAUUGAGGAACUUGGCCUGGGCUACGGAUUUCUUUCUCUUUUUCAAGGUGUUGGAUAUUUGAUUGGACCACCUUUGGCUGGCAUAAUUGUUGCGGCAAUUGGAUACGAAAAGGCAUUUAUAUUUUCAGGUUGCAUUCUGAUCUGUGCCAGUCUCAUGGAGAUGCUUACAGUUGUGUUCCUAAGGAGGGCCAUCGAACAGAAUACAGACACAAACUCUUUGGAUGACCUUGAGAGAGCCCUCAGAAAAAUUUCUGACCACGAAAGUGACGAUGAAGAGGAAACUAAAGCUUCACGUCUUUCAUUAAGCAAAUCAGCGGCAGGCUCCCUCAAGACAAAUUUAAAUCAGGAUGUUGAAGUGGACAAAAAGGCAGGGGGGGAUGAAAAUAUAGACACUGUUGACUCAGGGCCAGUUGCUGAUGAUGUGCUUGAACCCAUAGCCGAAGAAGUUGAGAAGCAAAGCUUUCAAGGAUUGGAUACUUAAUAACAGCUGACCACAAAGAGAUCUGAGAAGAAUGCAAACAACGAUGUUGAAUAUAAUAAUAUAUUUUAUAUCAAGAAAAUGGCAGACAAUAAAUUUUUUAUUUACAAUUUAUUUAGAGCACAAAAUGCAUUUGUGUUAAAGACAAAUAAAAUGUGCAUCAUAAAUCAUUCUCA